AUGGAAGAAGAAUCUGAUUCGGCAAUGAGAGGGUUUGCAAAGGCAUCCAAGAGCGAUCACAUCGCCAUGCUCAAUGCAUUCCGUGCGCUUCGUAAUCUGGAAGAAGUUGAUGGACCUGAAAUCAUGCGCUCAUUUGCACAUCAGAAAUUCCUUAGUGUAGCGAAUUAUGAAAAAGCAAAACGAUCCAUGGUAUUAAUCCAACAGGCGCUUCAGCGCAACGGCUUCAUACAAAGUUCUCAGACAGCUGUCGCCCAUGGAUCCGGUAUAGGAUAUGGCGGGGCUCUGUUGAAUGAGAACUCGGAUCAAGACGGCUUAAUCAGGGCACUUCUUGUGCAGGGCUUGUACCCGCAUAUUGGUACAUGGGAUAACCACACAUCCAGAUAUCAAAUUGUGACUAAUGAAAAAAUUCACGUCUCGAUACAUCCUUCUUCCAUUAACAACCCCAAACAGCGCCCCAGUCUGGACAUUGAGGGCAUCAAAUCACCAUCAAAAGGGAACGCUAGGUUAUUAUCCUUCAGCACCCUUGCUCUUAUCAGCGACAACAAUCUUGUUAUGCACCGCACAACUGCUGUCACUCCUUUCAUGGCAUCUUUAUUUAGCGGAACUUUGAACCAAAAGGAUUUGAAUGUGGACCGAAUCGAGGUUGACAAAUGGCUUCCAUUCGAUGUGCAGAUCACAGAAGAGCAUAAGGCCACAGAAGGUGCUGCGGCACGUACAGUCGUACAAUUCAAUAAAGCAUUGCGACAAUUGGAGAAAGCUGCCUUCAGGGAUUUGGCCAAGGGCGUAUAUGUUGUUGACAAUGAAAUGUCUCGUGUUCUUGGUAAUGCGUUGAGGAAUUUGUUGCUUAUUGAACAAGAUGUCGAAAGAGCUGCAGAAGAGUACGAAUUUGACCUUAAUAUGAACAUACAAAAAUUUUGGACUCCACCAGAAACGCUAUCUGAACAAGUACCACUUGAACAACCACUCAAUGAAGAAGCACCAUAUGAUGAGGAUUCUCAUGAAUCUUUUCUAGAACUAGUGGAAAGUGCUUUGGAGGCACCCAUUACCACUAGAAGCUAUUCGAACAGCACGUUAUCCGCUUCAAAGGCUGAGUCAUACUUCCCUACAUCGAAGUGGAAGCCGAGCACCAAAGAAAACAACGGUAAAGAAUCAAUAUAUCCAGGAUGCCGAACCAUACAUAUAAAUACCGACCGAAAACGAACAACAUAG